AUGUUCUGCCUGAAGAACAGAUGUGACGAGCUCCACAUGGAGCACCCGGACGUAGGGAAAGCCACAGGCGGCUUUGAGAGGAUAGUCAACCAGGCGAUAGAGGAGGCUCAAAAAGAGAAGGAGCUUGACAAAAGUCAAUAUCCGAAAGUUCAGAAAGAGAAAGACCCACUACUGCAGGACUGGACUCCAGGGAAAACUCUUUCUCUGACCUCUGCAGGUGGUCUGAGAAAUAGAAGGCCGGUGUGGAUGCCUCUGGCCCUCCAGUGA